UCUAUCGAACCGGGCCGAUCCGCUCCUUUCUUGGGAGAUUUCCAACGGAGAGCCGAGGGAGCGGUCGUGGCUGCCGCUGCUGCUCGAGGAUCUUUCUAUUUUCCUCCGGCUACGACCUGUUAAUCGCAUCAUUCCGAAGAGAGAUAUAGAGGUAGAGAGAAGAGCGUGAUGGGAGAUGGCGAUGACGAUCCGCAGAGGAUAAAGAAGAUUGCGGCGGCGGCGUACGACUACGAGAGCGAUUCCCGAUGGGCGGAGUACUGGUCGAAUAUCCUCAUCCCUUCCCACAUGGCCUCUCGAUCCGACGUCGUCGACCACUUCAAGCGCAAGUUUUACCAGCGCUUCAUUGACCCUGAUUUUGUGGUUGAGGCAAUGUCCUCAACUAGUGCCACCUCUCAGUCAGCUAGACCAUCAGUGAGAUCUUCAUCAUCUUCAGCUACAGAAAAUGCAAGGCCUCAUAGCUCAGGAUCUGGUACAACAACAUCUGCACCACCAGGGAGGAAUGCAAAUUCCUUGCAGCUGGAUCGACGGUCCAUACAUUUUUCUAUCAAUGCUUGGGUUUUAGUUGUUGCUGUGCUUGGGAUCCUUCCAAUUGUGCCAAGGCUUCUUUCAAACAAGGCAUAUCGAUUGUCCUUGCUGGGCACCACAUGCUCCUCAUUUUAUUCUUUGUACAUUCUCUAUGGGAAACCAAGGGCAUGGAAUCUACCUGCCAUUCAAGCAUGGUUUCAAACUGUGAUAGCAACCAAAGAUUUCAUCCAUUUAAUAUACUGCCUCCUGUUUCUAACAUCUCAACUACAUUUCAACCUUGCUUUGAUACCUGUCCUUUGCUGGGCGCUUGAACAUGUUGCCAAAUUCCUUAGGCGUAACUUGGCACACUCCUCUUUGUACAGGAAAUACUUGGAGGAACCUUGUUUGUGGGUGGAGACUAACGCUACCACACUUGGCAUUCUGAGUUCAAAUGCUGAGAUUUCACUGGGCUUUCUUUUGAUCAUAUCGCUGUUCUCGUGGCAGCGCAGCAUAAUUCAGGCAUUCAUGUACUGGCAGCUACUUAAACUCAUGUACCAUGCUCCUGGAACUGCUGGUUAUCACCGAAGUGUGUGGUCCGGCAUUGGUCGGUCUGUCAACCCUUACAUCUACCGGUACACCCCAUUCUUGAAUACCCCCAUAUCGGCUGUCCAGAGAUGGUGGUUCAGGUAGAAGAGAGACUGGAUGAAAAGGAAUGAGAAGAAAUCUGAAGAUUACCAUCUUUGCUGUCUGAAAAAGAAUCUUCUCAUGGGAAAAGGUAGCCCAGUUUCAGGCAAAGCAAAACCUUUCACAAAUUGUAACUUGGAUUGCCCUUUCAUGCACACGAUUUUUUGUAAACCUGAGUUUUGUAUCAAUAACGAAUUGAAAUUGUGGCUGCAGCACCAUGCUAGUUUUUAGCAACUCUACUAAAUCUAAUUUUGGCUGUGCGCCGAAUCAUUGUCUUCA